CGUGGGGUUUUGCCUCUGAUUACAGCACUGCCGUCUUGUAGCUCACCACAGGGUGUGGUAUCUUUGCGGCUGUGGAAGGUGAGAACCUGCGACCGUUGGACUACUGUAUACGUAGGUGUAGGUGCGUUGGAACUACUUAGCCUUCUGUGGAACAAUCGACGGAAACUACACGCCUGUGUGUCCGUAUCGUGGGAUCAUUCAACAUGAGUAGUAAAGAAAAAGCAAUCAGCAACGUUGGGACAGGGUGCGAAUAUCAACAUCAACAAGCAAGGUUCCUUCCAGUGAAGGUUGACUCGACAGAAGCAGACUCGGAAAGCAGUCUCAUACCUGGAAUACAUUUUGAGGACUCCUGGUACAAGAUGGACAACCUGGAGACAGGCGGAACUCGUGGAAUGGCUGUGAUUAUAAAUACCCACGAGAUUCCUUGCAUGGGUAUACGAUCAGAGACCGAAGAAGAGUUCAUGAUGAUAAGCAAAGCCUUUGGUGGAAUCCUUCGCUUUGAACUUAAACGUUAUGACAAUGUCUCAUUGGAAAAGAUGCGACGUGCUUUUGCAGAUUUGGCUUCUGUGGAUCAUUCGCAGUCCGACUGCUUCGUCUGCUUUGUGUAUAGCCACGGGAAGGACGACGUCAUAGUUUGUUCAGACGGAGAAACAGUUCGAGCACAAGAUAUCUUCUGUGCUUUCACGGAGAGUGCUUGUCCAAGCCUUGCCGGGAAGCCCAAACUAUUUUUCUUUGAGGUUACCCAUGGCGGUCACGAGAACCAAGCGUAUCCUAAACCUUGUAGCCUUCAUCCUGACUCUUCCAGUGUGACCACAACUCAUCGUACACCUGCUGAUUUAUUUAUCUUCUACAACAGAACACAAGGUAAUGAUUCGCGCCGAGAUCGAUGCUGCGGAUCCCUCUUCAUUCAAACCCUGUGUCAGGUUUUGGAGAGAUACUACUGUACCAGGAACUUCGAAGCUAUGAUGCAAACUGUCAUGUUACUCCUAGCGGGCAGAAAUGUGAGCCCGCUGCCGGUUAUGUAUUCCACAUUCACGAAGAAUUUACGCUUUUUGCCUCAAUGUUCGAGGAAUACAAAGGCCAGCAGCGAGAGGCAGGAACAGUCAGUAUGGAGACAGGCGUUCGAGGGAUACAAAGGUCAGCAGCGAGAGGCAGGAACAGUCAGUAUGGAGACAGGUUCCCUUACUACCGGAACGAAAAUGUCUGACCACAUCAUCUCUGCCGCGAAGGGAACGGUAAGUACACAAUACCAAUUAGUAUUAGAUAUACGGGAGGUAUACUUGCUAUACGAGCCGCAGUGUAUCGUGACAAGCAUUACUGUUUUUCUUUCUGUUUUUUUUUCUGGGUGAUAGCAAUAGCGGGGA